GCUUAUGCGGUGCCCACUGAUAUGCAACUGGGCUGUUGAGUUUCAUUUGCCACAUCGCGUGUUUCGUCAGUUUGGUCUGUUCCAGCCUCACCCGCCGGAAUGGGUGGAUACGGACAAAGCACUUCAUAGGUUGGACAGGAGAAGGCAGCGGAAGAUAAAGGACUGGGACAAGCAUCAUGCUUCGUAUGUUACCCGCUUCCAGCUUUGCGUGGAGCAAGCUCGUAGCAGUGCACGCGCCCAGCUUCGUGAGCAUAACCCACUUGCUUUUGAUAACUACAUACGAUGGCUUCUUGAAAAUACUCGAGUUGAGAUAUGCCCGCCGGCAUAUAAUGAGGAUAUUCUUGAAGAACCCGUGAACUUUGAGGAUCUAUCAAAGGGGAAGUACAACAGAGAUGUCAGGGUAGGGCAAGGAGUCCCUGCUGUUCCGGUGAUUAACUAUGUGGUAAAGUGUUCCUUCUUUACUUUCCCGUUGGCCGUAUUACACAUGUCUGAAUGGCUAACGUGUUCAUUCUUUCUCAUCCGCAGCGCAGCGAGAUCAAGAAAGCAGCUGAUGAGAGCCAGUCUAUUCUGGAGAACACACCGGUUGGAAAAGGCAAUGAUGAUGGUUCACUACGAGUAUUCCUCAAGGUACAUAUCGCAUUCACUAUGA